UUUUCUUUCUUCUUGUUCUCGCAAAUGUUACGCACCUUAAAGACGUCUGUCUGAUUCCAAUUAGAGUUAUUGUCAAUCUCGUUACCUUAGCUCGCCGGCACAGACAGAUUCAUGCGACCGAACUCAAUACAGGAAAAAGAAAACAGAAACUGCUCAGAAUAAACGGAACUACAUCUCCCGGCUUCCCUUGCAGCAGCUCGGAGCCAAGGCUGGAUGGAAAGGCUCUGUGUGAGCCGGAGAUAAUGCAGCAGGUUGGUUAGGGGAUUUUUUACUGCAAUAUACGUACGUAUUUAAAUGAGUGUAUUGAAAAGCGAAUGACAGGGUGAGACAUGCCAAGAGUGAGAAGAUCUGCUCCCCAGCACAGAACAUUCUGAUAGAAGGCUGCACACAUAUGCUGAAGUCUCCAGUUAGAGGAGGGGAGCUUUUGUCCAUAGAGAUGACUACAUGCCAAGCCAAGAAAGGAAACAUAGUACCAACAAGUUGUGCACUAGUAUGUAAAGACUCCAAGAAAAAGAAAUAGCGCUGGAGAUACAUAGAAUGCAUGCAGUUGGUUCAGGCGACCACCAAAUGAUCUAGUCAGCCUGCAGUCUUCUUCAGAAUGACCUCUCCUCAGUGGAUAGCAGUAAAACCGGUGAUGACACAUUGCUACGUCCUGUACAAAACCCGACCCCGGAAAUCUGUAUGGUCCCACGUCUUCCUAUGCAUUUUUAGAGAUCAGCACCAAACACUCUCUAGCCACUAACACACUGCUUAGAUGUCUAAAGAGAACAGGCAGAAUCAUGUUGUCUUGUUCACCAACUCAUCCAUAUUAACCCGCAUGGUGUGGGCCCUUCCUAGAACUUCCAGUCCUUUUUGCAUUGCACCAUCUUACAAACCUGACCGCGGCUGGAUAAAGAUGUCUGCAGAGUGGCUGAUUGAUUGGAGCUGUUUGCUGAAUGGACUACGUGACUUGAUAGCUGGUUGCAUCCAAGCUGUGCGUGACUGCAACUCCCUUGCACUAACCACAGUGAUCUGCCUCUUGCUGCUGUUUGCAUGGUACUGUUACCGAGUUGGUAAGGACCAACCCCGUUCUCCCUUUGCCACUGUGAAUUUACUUAUCCAGAGUUCAGAAGCCAAAGGCUUGCAGAACGGGUUUGCUUACUGCCACUCGCGUGAGUGUGUACGCUGCACCCAUAACGAUGGACUGAAUCAAAAACUUUAUCACAAUCUGCAGGAAUACGCCAAGCGGUACUCUUGGUCUGGCAUGGGCAGAAUCCACAAGGGCAUUCGAGAACAAGGUCGGUAUUUAAAUAACAGGCCAUCAAUACAAAAACCAGAAGUCUUCUUCCUUCCUGAUUUACCCACCUUGCCCUAUUUUCCACGGGAUGCCCAAAAGCAUGACGUGGAACUGCUAGAGCAGAACUUUGCCACAAUACUUAGUGAAUUUGAAGCAAUCUACAAAGCCUUUUCAAACUGCAGCCUUCCCCAGGGUUGGAAAAUAAACAGCACACCAAGUGGGGAAUGGUUCACCUUUUAUUUAGUCAACCAAGGUGUGACCAUCCCUGCCAAUUGCAAGAAAUGCCCACGGACGUAUCGUUUGCUUGGGAACCUCCGCACCUUCAUUAGCAACAAUGUGUUUGGGAAUGCUUGUAUAUCUGUCCUAACUCCAGGAACCGUCAUCACAGAACAUUAUGGGCCAACUAACAUUAGGAUAAGAUGCCAUCUGGGUCUAAGAAUCCCAGGCAACUGUGAGCUGGUGGUUGGUGGAGAACCCCAAUGCUGGGCAGAAGGACACUGCCUUCUAUUUGAUGAUUCCUUCCUGCACACUGCUUUUCAUGAAGGUUCAGCUGAGGAAGGCCCCAGAGUGAUCUUCAUGGUUGAUUUGUGGCACCCUAAUGUGGCAGCUGCUGAGCGCCAAGCACUGGAUUCCAUAUUUGCUCCUGGGCGCUGAGUCCGCAACGCCACUACUGCAACUGAACAUCUAUGCUCAUGGAAAAUUGCCUCAAAGAAAAGCUUGUCUCUAACAAAAACAAAAAAAAAACAAAAAACAUCCUGUGUAUAUGAGCUAUAUCUUAUGUUAUCUAUUUAACCAUUGGCUUCUCCAUAGGUUUUCUUUGAAGGAUUGGCAAUGAAAGGAAGCAGAAUGCACCAACCAACUUUUUCUCUAGCACGAAAGAGCGUUGAAACUUUACUCCACCGAGGAGUGCACUAAAUAUGGUGGCUAAAGACUCAAAGCACCAUAAUGAGUAAACAGCACAAACCAACCAUCAGCUUAAAGUUGUAUUAAAGAGAUAAAAUGCAGGUGAAACAGGCAGGAAAACUGAGGCAUUCAGGGAAUGGCUGGAACACACAACGCUCACUUUUGUUCUUCCCCUACCAGGGUUUAUAAAGUAGUGUAUUAUCUCAUAUCGCAGCUAAUGCCAUGAUUUCCAUUUUCUACUAGAAUGCAGCAUUACUAUAGUAUGUGUCAUGUUGCAACUGUAUAUUUACCAAGCUCUGAAAUAAAUGGUUCAGAAGUGACAGAAAGCAAUGCGUCAUUGACAUGAACAACGGGAUGCCUUUUAUCACGUUCAUGCGUGAGACAGGCCAGUCAUACAGGAUUAUCUGCUAGUUCACAAAGUCAUAUUAGGGGCGGUUCCACCUUGAUUUAUCGCGAGUCAUAUUGAUGAGGUUUUACCAAGAUCAAUCAUGGCUAGAAUAAAAAAUAUCCAAGGUCUUUUCUAAGCAAGGUUCUCUAUGUGCAAGGACACUGAACUACAAUCAAAGUAGCCAUGUCUUUUGAAAGCAGUUAUUAAAGCUAAAAGUCACCUUAAAAAAAGUACUUUCUUCACUGGUCCAGCUUUCUAAAGAGACUUCUUUUAUGAAUUGAUAUCUAGGAAUACUUCUUAAAUGGUCUUUAGAUUUACCUUAAGAUGCAGAAGAGCUCACCGUGUAUGUGUGGGCUUUGGAAGGGCUUGGUUAAGAAUCAUUUUUAAGGAAUUUCAGAGAUCUGAUAUCUUUGUCUGACCAAAGUGUAUUUUUUUUCUUUUGAUUUGUUUUAGAUAAUAAAAGGAACAUUUCCAAUUUGUCUGUCCAGUGUUCCAGCUCCAGAUUUAAGGAUCUUUUGUUUUUUGGUGGUUGUAAAGCAGCCAUUUUGUCUACGUGUGGAAACGACUCCCUUUUGUUGUCUUGUACUUUCACAGUGCAACAGACUCCAUUUUGUUCAGUAAUAAAAUAAAAAAUGUGUCUACAAGA